AUGUCGGAUUUCUUCUACGCUGGCAAGGAGAAGUUGAAUGUUUGGAGAUAUAAUUUAUUGACACAAGAAUGGACAGAAAUGGAUCUUCUUGGUAAUUUUCCAACCGCGCUAGCUUCAUUUGCCUUGGUGCAGAGCUCUCCGUAUUCUAACCAAGUUGUGCUAUUUGGAGGCACGGCUGUACCCUUCGGAGCAUCGACGUCCUCUAGCGUUCACUUACUGUCCUUUCAUAAUACAUCCAACUCGAUUGUAUCAAUGGUACUUCCUGUAGAGGGAGAGAAGCUGGCUACCUACGGACAUGCAAUGCUGCGCGGUUCGGAUCCGUGUUCUUUUUAUGUUAUCGGUGGUACAACGGGACACAAUUUCUUCCUAGAUGUUGACAAAUUAACCUUCGGAGAUGGUCUAGCGAAGCGCAAGCUACUCUCGAAAGCUCAUUAUCCUGUUAAGACUCCUAACAUGGAAGGACGGUACCGCCUUGAAGCUGUUUUGCAUGACGAUCUCAUCUUCCUUUUUGGUGGUGGUCGUCCUGAUUACGUUACUGAACUUCGCACUAUAACAGUAUUUGACACCAAGAAAAAAGUGUUUGUUGAUUUACCAACUCUUCCUGAUGAAAGCAUAGGCAGUGCCAAUUGGGAAGAUGGAUACCCGAAAGGAAGAAGGUGUCAUUCGGUGACGAAAUGGAAGAGAAAGGCCAUACUCGUUGGAGGUUGCAGUGCUGAUAAAGACGACGACGAUGUCAGACACGUAGACAUGUACAGCGAUGUGUGGUCGUUUGAUUUGGAUACCUAUCAAUGGAAGAGAAUGCCAUUUGACCUAGCUACCCCGGAAGGAUGCUUGUUGGUUUGGGGCGGUGUGCGUGACAUCUACAGUUCACAUCGCACAAAUAUUGGCCAGUACUGCUAUCUCGAGCCUCCUUCUUUGAAAACUUUGGCUGCUCUUUCGCUGCGACCCUACAUUAAUUACAAGACUGUCGAGGAAGCGAACAAUUUGCGGUUUUCGUGUGUCAUGGAAGUGGUGCGAGGUAUUUGCAGU